GCCCAAGAAGUAGAGUGAGGAGGUUACACUGAUAUACAUAUAUAUUUAUAUAACCAUAUCAUAGUUCAAAAGGCUUCAAAUUUGACGCUUCACCCAUCCGUCAUCUAGUUCUUCUGAGGCUCGAAGUUUUUGAGCGAAGACCAACAAAGAAAAGAGAGAGAGAUUAAAAAUGGCUUAAUUUGUUUAGUAGUUCUAGGCAUUUCAUCCAGUUCUAUCCAUUAUUUCAGAUAUCCAGCGAAGUUCCUAUAAGAGAUGAGUCAACUUCUGAAUCUACUUCAUGGAACUCUCUCCAUCAGCAGUCUGAGUUUAUACAAUUGUCCCAAUAAAUCACUGAAAUUGCUUCAACAUAAAUCAUGUUUAUGUAGUGGAAGUUAUGAUGCAUUUCAGAAAUUUCAAGGAAAUCAAUAUCCGUUGCAAGGUAGUUGUGGCCCUUGUGGGGUAGUAGAUCACGCUGAGAGAUGUUCAAUUCCAUAUGAGGCAAAAGUUUGUGAUGGAGCAGAAUUGAAUGCCUUUCCACAUGUACAAACUCUUGCAAAGUUUCCCAAGGAGGAGCUUCUCAAAAAAGUAGUCAUGGUCAGAUUUGAUUCUAGCAUUCUACUUCGAGAGAAGCUGGAUCAGCAGUCUCUUUCAUUCACCAAUGCACUUUCCACAAUAUGGUACAUAUACGAUGCUGGGGCUAAAAUAAUUCUAGUAGGUGACUGGAAUAUGAAAAUCAAUUCAAGGCUUUUUGAAGUGGAGUCUAUUGCAGAAUUCCUGUCAUCAGUGCUCCAACUUAAAGUUGUACCAGCAACAUUUGUUUCUGGUCAGGUUCAGUCUAAGAUGGAAGAUGUAGAGAAAUAUAAUAUCCUUCUUCUUGAGAAUCUUUCUCAGUUCAAAGAGGAAUUUGCCAACUGUUCAAAGUUUGCUGAACAGUUAUCAUCAGGGGUAGAUAUAUUCGUUAAUGAUGCAUUUUCUCAAUCUCACAAAAUUCUUGCAUCAACUGUUGGUGUUACUCGCUUUUGCUGUGCUUGUGUUGCUGGUUUUCACUACGAGGAGGGCCUAUACCAACUGAAGAAGGUCAUCAGAACAAACAAAAGACCAUUUAUUGCCAUUAUUGGAGGGGGUAAUCUCUCGGACAAAGCAACUGCCUUGCAUUUUUUAGCCUCUAGAUGUGAUGGUUUGGUGUUUGUUGGAAUGUUGGCAUUUCAGAUAAUGCAUGCCUUAGGAUUGCCAGUUCCUGUGAAACUGGUGGAACAUGGAGCGCUUGAAGAAGCUCAAAAUCUAAUCCAGUUUGCGAAAUUUAGAAGCAUACCAAUUCUGUAUCCAAAAGAUCUUUGGUGCGUGAAUGGCCGCCUUUCGAAGCAAUUGGAAAUAUUUCCUGUGCAUUGCAUCUUGGAUGGUUGGCUACCUGUUGAUCUUGGGCCUGGGUCAUUGGAUGAGAUUUCCUCCUUGCUUUCUAAAUGUGAGAAAAUUAUAUGGAUUGGUCCCGUGAAAUUCAGUUUAUCCAAUCAGUAUACAGAUGGAGCAUCUAAAUUGGCACUAAUGCUUGAUAAACUAAGUCGAAGCGGUUGUGAUGUGACUGUUGCUGGGAAUAUGGCAUGCAAGGCACUUCUGAGGGAAUCAAAAUCUGUCUCAAUUUGUAAUAUGGUUGAGAAUGCUUCGGUCUUGUGGGAGAUUCUCAAAGGAAGAAAGCUUCCAGGGCUCAUGGCCUUAGAUAGAGCAUAUCCAUUUGAGAUUGAAUGGAAUGCUCUUUAUAGUGAUCCGGCUCAACCUCUGGUAGUUGAUAUUGGAAGUGGAAAUGGAUUGUUUGUUUUCAGAAUGGCAAGGAAAAAGAAAAAUCUGAAUUUUCUUGGCUUGGAGAUAAAUGAAAAGCUUGUAAAUCAUUGUCUAGACUCCAUCCAUCAAUCUGGCAUAAAGAACGGAUACUUCAUUGCAACAAAUGCAACAUCAACAUUUCGAUCCAUAGUUUCCAGCUACCCAGGGGAGCUUGUUCUUGUACUAAUACAGUGUCCAAAUCCUGAUUUCAACAAACCAGAAUAUAGAUGGAGAAUGCUGCAAAGAUCAUUAGUUGAGGCAAUAGCAGAUCUACUCAGAUGUGACGGAAAGGUCUUUAUUCAGUCUGACAUAGAAGAAGUCACAGUGAGAAUGAAAGAACAAUUGUUACAAUAUGGCAAAGGAAAGCUUUUUGUGCAUGAUCAGGAUGGUAACAUCAGCGGAGGAUGGCUGAAGGAUAACCCAUUUGGAGUUCGGUCAGACUGGGAACAACAUGUUAUAGAUCGUGGGGCACCUAUGUACAGACUAAUGGUUUCUAAAUCAAGCAGCACCGAAUGAAGUUAACUGGGACAAUGCAUCAAGGUGGCUCCUGCAUGUGUAUAGCAGUUGAAUGGAAUGUUCUUAUGUUUCCCCAAGAUCAUUUUAAGGGUUGUUUAUUCUCACCAUGGGGGUUUGCCCUGUGAGAGGACAGGGUAGCAAUACUAGUUCUCCGCAUUUUGCUGCUUGAACUAUAGCUAAUAGCUUUGUAUUUCGGCACCAAAUGGAAAUCAGCACCUGGGUUGAUUGUGAUGGGAUAAUGGCAGGGUAGUCACUUGCAAAGCAUGUCCAGGGACGGAGCCAUCCGGCUUGACAGACCUGUUAAAGAGAGUGCUAUUACUGGGGUCAUUCAUGUGUAAAGAGAAGAAAGAACAGAGAAAUGGCACCAGUCUCUCACCAACUGUUUCUGCCAGUCUGUGUCUUAAAAUGUUGAUUUUACUUGUUAUCUUGACCCAGGACCUGAGAAUUAGUUUACUUUCUCUCUACUCUGUAUUUGUAACUUUUGGAUGAUUUUCAUUGCGAAAAACACUUCAUUGUUGUCAUCCUUUGCCAAUAUUUUAAGUUCAAGUUUCUCUAUGA